AUGCUAAAGCUUAAAGAAGAAUUGAGAGGUGCCAAGGAAAUGAAAGAUGAGGUGGGGGAGAGAGACCGAGAAGUGAGCGGCCUGACCAGCAAGCUCUUGAGCCUGCAAGUUGACAUCAAAAAUCUGCAUGAUGUCUGCAAGAGACAGGGGAAGACCUUGCAGGAGAACCAACUCUGUGUGGAGGAGGCAAUGAUGAGUAGCAACCGCAAUAAGAAGCAAGUGCUAGCAUUCAAGGAGCCGCGGAUGGAGUUUGAGCCCAGUAAGCAGUGCCAUCUGAGGCAACUCCAACAACUCAAGAAAAAAUUGCUUGCUCUCCAGCAAGAACUGGAGUUUCGCACAGAAGAGCUGCAGACUUCUUACUGUUCCCUCCUACAGUAUCAGUCCGUCCUAGAAAAGCAGACUUCUGACCUGGUUCUUCUCCACCAUCACUGCAAACUAAAAGAAGAUGAGGUGAUUCUCUAUGAGGAGGAAAUGGGAAAUCAUAAUGAGAACACAGGGGAGAAGCUCCAUUUGGCACAGGAGCAACUUGCUUUGGCCGAGGACAAGAUCAUCUCCCUAGAAAGGAGCCUAAACCUCUACAGGGAUAAAUACCAGACUUCCCUAAGCAACAUUGAGUUACUGGAGUGCCAAGUGAAGAUGUUGGAGGGGGAGCUCAGCGGGAUUGUCAGUCAGGACCCUGAGAAUAAGGGUGACCAUUCAAAGGUGCGUAUAUAUACUUCUUCCUGCAUGAUUCAAGAGCAUCAGGAGACCCUGAAACGACUGUCUGAAGUCUGGCAAAAGGUCUCUGAACAGGAUGAUCUAAUCCAGGAACUUCGAAAUAAACUAGCCUGCAGUAAUGCUUUGGUUCUGGAGCGUGAAGAGGCUUUGAUAAAAUUACAAGCAGAUUUUGCUUCCUAUACAGCCACACACAGACAUCCUCCUAGCUCCUCAGAAGAUUGUGAAGACAUUAAAAAGAUACUGAAGCACUUGCAGGAGCAGAAAGACAGCCAGUGCCUGCACGUGGAGGAGUACCAGAACCUGGUGAAGGACCUGCGCAUGGAGCUAGAGGCCGUGUCCGAACAGAAGAAGAACAUCAUGAAGGACAUGAUGAAGCUGGAGCUGGACCUGCACGGGCUGCGGGAGGAGACAUCCGCCCACAUGGAGAGGAAGGAUAAGGAGGUCAUCAUCCUGCAACGGCGGCUGCAAGAGCUACAGAUCCAGUUCACUGAGACCCAGAAGCUGGGUUUGAAGAAAGACAAGAUCCUCCAAGAGAAAGAUGAGAUGUUGCACGAGCUUGAGAAGGAAUUGGCCCAGGUUCAGAACAGCCUCAUGAAAAAGGAGAUGGAGUUGGAGAAGCAGCAACGAAUGACAACAGAACUUGAAAUCACCAUCCAGGAGGUGAAGCAGGAUAAGUCCAAGGCAGAGUGUGGAGCCCUGCAGGCUGAGAUCCAGAAGCUGAAGGACUGUCUUGAAGAUGCUCAACAGCAACAGAAGCUGAUUGCUCAGCAAGCAGCCCAGUAUAAAGAAGAGGCCCUUCUGGCAAAGAGUAACCUAGAGGAUUCCCAGAGGAAACUGCAAAGCUACCUAUUCAUGGAGAAGCAGAAGACGGAGACCAUCCAGGAGCUGCAGAGAGAACUUCAGAAGCUGCAGAAGGAUUCCUUGAUGGCCGGAGAGGAACUCGCACCCAACAGGAAACGGAUAGAGGAGCUGACGUCAGAACUCUCUGAGGCCCGGAGGAAGCUUGAACAUUCAGAGAAGGAAAAGAGGCAGUUUCAGAAGACAACAGCUGAGCAGGAUGCGAAGCUGACUGACCUGCUAGAUCGUCUAAAACUCCUUCAACACCAGCAUAGGGAGCAAGCCUCCGCCAAAAGCAAUCUAGAAGAGGAGCUUCAGGAGGUAACAAGAUUACUGGAGGAGAAACGGGAGCAGUUGAAAAAGAGCAAAGAACAGGAGAAGUUGCUGGAGCAAGAGCUGGAGACAUUCCGACAAGAGGAAAAAAGGAAAGAAAAGAUGACAAAGGAAAAUCUGAGAAUAUUGGAGGAGGAAAAUGAGAAUGUCAAAGCACAGUUAAUGCAAUAUUCCACGCAACUGGAUUCCUCUCUCAGCAAACAAAACGCCUCCCAGCAAAUGAUCCAAGAGCUAAAUAAUGAGCUAGUCCUUCAGAAGGAGGCCUUAGAGAGUCUGCAGGUCCAGCUGGACAAGACAGUGCGGAAAGAGAAGCAAUAUCUCCAGACCAUGGUCAGUAAAGAAGCCUAUGAGGAAUUAUCCAGAAAGUCACUCGCCUGCCAAGAUGACCUGACACAAGCUCUGGAGAAGCUCAAUCAUGCGACCUCGGAGACCAAGAGCCUGCACCGAAGCUUGGCACAAGCCCAAGAGAGGAAAGUUCAGCUGGAAGAUGAAAUCAUUGCUUAUGAGGAAAGGAUGAAAAAGCUCAACGUGGAAUUAAGAAAACUGCAGGGGUUCCAUGAGCAGAGCGAGCUAGAGGUGCAUGCCUUCGACAAGAAGCUGGAGGAGAUGAGCAACCAGGUGCUGCAGUGGCAGAAGCAGCACCAGAGCGACCUCAAGAUGCUGGCAGCUAAAGAGGAGCAGCUUAGGGCCUUCCAGGAGGAAAUGGCCGCCCUGAAGGAGAACCUCCUGGCAGACGAGAAAGAGCCCUGUUGUGUGCCCCAGAGGUCUGCACCUAAAGAUACUACCUGUAGGCUGCACCAAGAGAAUGAUCAGAUUAUGUCCAACAUGGAGCAAUGGGCAAAAGAGCAGAAGAUCGCCAACGAGAAACUAGGAAACAGGCUCCGUGAACAGGUCAAAUAUAUUGCCAAGCUAACUGGAGAAAAAGACCACCUCCACAAUGUAAUGGUCCAUCUGCAGCAAGAAAACAAGAAACUGAAGACUGAGAUAGAGGAGAAGAAGGUGAAAACCGGGCACCCAAGGCUAUACACCAAAGCCCUAUGCCCGAGCAAAACGGAGCCCAUACCAAAGGGAAAAGUGUGUGCCACCUUGGGCUGGAGGGGGAUGUCCCAGGACAUGAACCAAAGAAUGGACAUCACCAAGUUUGUCGGGAUACCCCACUGUUCAGAAUCCUUUGCAAGAGAUUCUCUUGGAUCCACCUGGAGUAUAAUUUUCUCCACUGAGCUGAAGAAACCCAGAGCAAACAUCAGCCCCCUCAGGCUGUCUUACUAAAGGGAAGGAGAAGUUCAUUGACAUCACCAUGUUGCCCCAUAAGCACUUGUCUUUUGAGCCUUCUCUCCACAGCCCAACUGAGGAGGAAGUUUCCUGCCAUAGACAAGACCUUGCAAACAAGCUCUGGAGUCCCCAGAACGAACCCCCAUCUCAGCCCAAGACCCACAACUGCUGACAUGUGUCUAAAGUACCAUCAACUAGGCAUUUAAGGAUAGAUGCCCAUG